AUUUAAUUUGACUAUUAAUUUCUUAUUUAAUUGUCAAUAUAAUUAUUAAAAGAGUUUCUCAUAAUAUACUAAACUAUAUACUGUAUAUAAAGUAAAAUGUCUACAAAAAUUGCUAUGAUUUUGGUAUUGUUGGGUCUAAUCGUUUGUUUGGAGGCAUCGAUGGAUAUUGCAAAACGUGAAAGUGAUGGCCAGGGAGAUCAGAUCAUAAACAAAAUCAAUGACUUAUUGUCACCGCUGUUUGGAUCUGAUUUAUUGCCGGCAUUGCAAACAUUGAAACCGGUGUUUGAGAUUCCGUUGUUGGGUAUGGUUUUGACGCCACUCAUUGACGGAUCGUUUAGUCUAUUGAAAUCAAUAAUCAUUGAAUUGGGUAAAACGUUUGGUCCAAUUAUACAACCAUUAGUAUCACCACUACUGAAAAAUUUGGCACAACUUCCUAAGGGAGCGAUUGAUAAGAUUGUUGAGUUUAUUAAUAAAAUAUUAGGUGCAGUUAUGCAGAGAAUGUUAGGAUUUUAAUAAUAAAAAUAACAACAUAACUGUUCAAAAUUACUGAUUAAUUUAACACAAUAUGUUUUUUUAUCUAUUUUUUAAAUAAACAUUU